CCUGACCACAUAAAUAUUCUUUCCAGUUCAUGUUUGGGUUGGCUUUUCUCGAGCUGUCUACAAAAAAAUGCUACCAGCUUUACCCCAACUGGGAUGUGCUGCUCCUCUGUGCCUCAAAAAUGAAUGAAUAUAUUAAGAAACGACGUACGGCCAAGCAGAUUCUGCUGCGACGGGCACUGAGCAAGUGUGCCCGCAAUGACAAUGACACCGAAACAACCACACCGCUGUGUCCAUUGUCGAAGACAGGCAUUACAGUGCUGCCCUCGCUGUCGCGGGAUCCCAAAUUGGUGAGGGCCAUGCAGCGGACAUUGUCACGAACAAGUCGCGAGAGGCCCAAAUCACAGACAAGACCGAAAAUACUAAAGAAUUCGCCAGAGUUUCCACUGCUGAAGAAGGAUACACGUUCUUGGCGUAGACUAAAAACUUCUGAUGGCCUUCAUAGUAGGCACCUGCUGGAGGGUAAAUCUGGCGCUAGUCUGGGCGGUGCAGCAUCAAGGGGUAGCAGUCGUUCACGUUCCUCUGCCUAUCCAUCCAGCUGGGCUCUGGAUGUGCGAGUACAAGAGGAGAAAGCACAGGAGACGAGCAACAGCCUGCAGGAGGUGACCAACUGUGCGCGGCUCAAUCGCACGCCCUACGAUCAUCAGCUGAACACACCACUGAAAUCCGAUCAUUCUGUUCAGUGUACAAUGAAGGCCGCUGCCAGACGUCAGAGACGCACAAAGGCACAGGUGAAGCUGCCGCCACAACCAAAGCCCCUGCCAAAGCCACAGCAACGAGCGGUGUCUGCGCAGACUCAGACGUUGCCCAAACAAAUGCCAAAGGUGGAGUUACCCAAGUUACCCAAGUAUAAGCCACCGAAAAAGUGCUACAAGUCAAUGUUUACUUCCGUGUUGGAGGAAAAGCUUCUUGGGCGCAGCAGAAGUCCAUCUAAGACGAGUGAGAAUAGUUUCAGCAUACGAAAAAUACGGCAAAGAGCAUCCAGUGGCGAGGAUGUGAAACGUUCACACGAGUCAGCGAAAGCGAAAAUCAAACAAGCACCCAUGAAGCGCGACUAUACCGACUAUGGGGGGUAUACACCAUCGGAUGUUAGUCUCGAACAAGUUCCCUUCAAGAAAAUGUCAAAUAUGGACAUGCCCAGAGGCACUGGCGGCCAUAGGCACGACAGCCGCUGGACUAUGCUAUUGCCCACUGAAAAGGACAUAGAGAAGUACAUACACGAGGCUGCCUACGAAGACUGUGCGUCCUGUUCCGCACGAGAGCGCAUGCCAAAUCGUUAUGAUGAAUCCUACGGCCUUGAUAGUGCUGUUGCGGGGCAUUGCAUAUGCGAAAGAGGAGCCAAUAAAAGACAAACUCAAUCGCAGUCGCUGUCCAGAAGUGGAUCUCAUGCCAGCACAACCGACGACAGCAGCAGAAUGAAUCUGAGCAUGUCUAGGACACCAAGGACUCGUCAAGCAUCUCAGUCAAGUACAAGCCACGAGCCAAGAAGUUCCCACAGAAGAACGAGAGGCAUACAAAGCCGAGAAAGUGUUGACAGUUUGAAUAGGGAUACACGAUGGUCACAGGGCAAGAGUCGAGCACAUAGAGAAUCCUCCUAUGCCAGUUCCGAUUCAAACAGGAGUAGAAACAAGUCAUUGAGUACCGAUGCAAGUGCCAGCUCAAUUGUGAAUCGUAGGACACACGCCUCAACGCCUAAAAGCCAACGGAAUAGUCAACCAAUGUCACGAAGACCUAGUGAUUAUGGGCGAGCAAAGUCUAAAGGUUACCUAGGAAGAAGUGCCAGUAGAAAACACAGCAGGCAUCGGGACAAGGGCAACUCCGAGAGACGUAGUAGCCACAGGGAAAAGCCCAGAAGGGAAGGCAGCGUGGAAGUUAUUCCCGUGGAAAUUGGUGCUGAAAAUCUACGCAAGAGAACAUCUCAAAUGAUUUCGGAAAAGAACAGUGUGGGUUCCUUUCGCAGGGGUGUGUGUAACGAUUCCAAGUGCAGGCGAAAGUGCCGCAGGUGUGCGGAUGCCUCCACUCUGACCUCGGGUCUGAUUUCCGCUGCGGCCACUGGCCUGCAGAGCCAUAACUCAAGAAAAGGUGGAUCCUUCAAUACGGAUUCAGCCUAUCGCGGUGCAACCAACAGCUGUGGCAUUUGUCCAGUGACCAAAACUUGUGAUCCCAUAUGCGUUGAGGCAUCAGCUCAAACAUCACAGACCAUGAUGAUGGUGCGACAAAGUCGCAGUCGUGUUUCUAUGGAUUUUCCAAACAAUGAUCUGGUGGCAGCUCAAAGAUCUCAAGUGCAGCCAAAUGAAACCGGUGGCAGAUCUUUAAUCCUCCCUCCAUGCUGUUGUCACCGCGCCAAUUGUCAGUUUAAAUGCUCGGAGGCAUGCACUCAGACAAACUGUCCAUGGAGUGGGAAAAAGGCUAAAAAGGAUUAUCCUGGGAGCGAUGAGUGCGAUGUGAGUCGGAUUAUUCAGAUAUUGCAAACGGCAUUGGCGGGUCUGGAAAUGGAGCAGAGAGCUCGUCAACGUGGCUCAACAAGUCGUGUUGUAGAUGAGGAUCAAUCACCCAAUCGAGAAGGCAGUCGCUCAAGUCAUAGCAAUUCCAAUGAGGCUAACAACAAUGAGAGCGAUGGGACAUAUACAGUGCCAAACAUGGGAAGGCAAUUCGAUCCGUAUCAGCAUAAUAUGUGCUAUUGCCCCAACCACAUGUGUGCUGGCGCCUCAAAUGUCAUGGGACAAUCGAUACCCUUUUUGAAUGUGGAAUCACUGCGCCCAGACACCAAACGAAUUCUGCAGUACAUCAGCCAAAUAAGUAGCAAAAAGGAUGCAGCCAUGACACCGAUGCCACCCGAUGAGGAUCGAAAAAAACCAGAGAAGCUAAGCGGCGGCGGCGGCUAUGGACAGGAAAGCAAACAACUGAAGGGCUCGGAGAAAUUUGUGCAUGUACUAAGCCAGAGCAAGGAUGAGGAAGAAGCGCCUUAUUCAAGCACCUCGAAAAGUUCCUUUCCACGGUACAAUGAUGAGGGUCACAGUGGCCCGGAAGAUGCACCCAAUCGUAGAAGUCGCAAACAUUUCUCAUUGAAAUCCUAUUUAGGGGCAAAACAACGCUGCAUCCAGCCGCAUCUGAUGAAUAAAUUUCGCAAGACCAGAGGCAGAUCAAAGGUUCGGGAAGCAAUUCGAUCAUACUGUCCCGUCUUGGGCAUCAAGUCAAAGAAGCGCUCGAAUAUGUACCUAAUGAGGCCAACCUCUUGCUACAAGGAGAACAGAGAAGAACAGCCCAUCAGAGGACGAACUGCGAGGACGAACUUGUUGUCAGACAGAGAACUGUAUUUCCGAGGGGGAGCCGAGAGGAAGCACUCGCUUUGCACCAGAGAACACUCUGUCAGAGGGAGAACUGAGAGGCGAAACCCGCUUUCCAGCAGCGAUUACUCGUGCUAG